ACAGCCAACGGUCACAGACUCAAAGGGUCACCAAUCCCUGGUAGAGUUUCUGCUUUUCUUCUGGAACAUCCAUGGCGACUUCUUCUCUGUCUACUACUCUUUCAACCAAUAAUAUCCGCUCCAACAGAAUCACCAAUCCAUGUUCGAAACGUGUGCUCCCUAUUCGCACUCUCAACCUCUCUCGCAGUCCGAAACACUCUAAGAAAACAGCCAAUCUCCGGCAAAGCCACGUCAUCGUACCCUCUGCAGUAUCCGGCUCUUCCGGGAUUGAGACUUCGGUGGUGAGUGAAGAUACCACAAGUUUACUGGACACAGUGAACGUAUUCGACUUGAACGGAAACGCGAUUCCGAUUUCUGAUUUGUGGAAGGAUAGGAAAGCUGUUGUCGCAUUCGCUCGCCAUUUCGGAUGUGUCCUUUGCCGCAAACGAGCUGAUUAUCUUGCCUCCAAGCAGGAUAUAAUGGAUAAAUCUGGUGUGGCACUGGUUUUAAUUGGACCUGGUAGCAUUGAUCAGGCUAGGGCAUUUACUGAGCAAACAAAGUUCAAAGGAGAAGUUUAUGCUGAUCCAACCCACUCAUCAUAUGAAGCUUUAAGAUUUGUUUAUGGCGUUUCAACUACAUUCACUCCUAAAGCAGGUCUCAAGAUAAUACAGUCAUACAUGGAAGGUUAUCGACAAGACUGGAAGCUCUCAUUUGAAAGGGACACCGUGAAUAGAGGUGGCUGGCAGCAAGGUGGAGUUAUAGUUGCAGGUCCUGGCAAAAGUAACAUCUCAUACGUUCACAAGGACAAAGAAGCUGGGGAUGAUCCUGAUAUUGAAGAUAUUUUGAAAGCAUGCUGCUCAUGAAGAAGAAAUGACUCACAUCCUUUCACUUUGUUCUUAGGGCAUACCCCGGCCUGCUCCGUUCUGGGUGGUGCUUCCUACCUUCACCAGUGACUCGAUGUAUAUGGGAUGUGUUGGAAGCCCAUCCAAGGAGUUGGGCAAAUGAUAUUACUGUAAAAGAUAUUAGGUGGCAUAUAUUACUGCCAACUCGGCAUUAUAGUCAACUGAUCAAAGUGCAUCAUUUUCGGAGGUUUCUAGCCA